UGGCAUUCCCAUUCUUGUCUCCAACUCUAUAUAUACUCAGUACACGUUAACCAAACGUCCAAACCCACCCCUUCACCUUCACCGUACCACCAGACGCAAUGGCAAGAACGGUGACCACCUCCACCCUCCUGCUGAUCUCCCUCCUCUUCGUCGCCACGGCGGCGGCGCACGCUCCGGCGCGCGCGGCCGCGGUGGGCGGGCGGAGGGACAUCAAGGACGUGGCCGCCAACAACGAGGUGCAGUCCCUGGGCCGGUUCGCGGUGGCCGAGCACAACCGCCGCCUCCGCCGCAGCGGCGGCGUGGCGACCAGCAGCGACCCCGUCACGGUCCUCCUCUCCUUCAGAGCGGUGGCCGCGGCGCAGGAGCAGGUCGUCGCCGGCGUGGCGUACUACCUCAAGGUCGUCGCGAGGGACGACCGUGGCGGUGGCGGCGACAGGCCGUUCGACGCCGUGGUGGUCGUCAAGGCGUGGCUCAAGUCCAGGGAGCUCGUCUCCUUCACGCCCUCCCCCAAGUAGGAGGUCGCGCGAACGAGCUAGGGGUAUCUUUCGGUGGGCUUGAAGAUUAAACACUGGCGACGGAAGGUGCUAUCCUCUCUACCCCGACCUCGUGAGUUGCGCCACCGGCGACCUUCUCCCCCUCGCCU